AUGGCUAAUGAAGAUAUCUUUUCAAUGCUCAAAGUAGGCCAAAAUGCUGCUUCUAAAAUAAGUAAAACCAAAAUUGCAAGAUUGAAAGAGACCGAUGUUUCGGGAAAUUUAAAUCAAGUGAAUCAAAGCAUACUAUCAAAGGACUUUAAUCUUAGAUGGAAAAUAUAUGGAACGCAUUUAAUAACUAAUAUACCUCAGCAAUUAGACGUAAAUAGCUAUUCUACUAGUAAAGGAGACCAGAAACUAAUAAAAAUCGCCGCAUUUGAUCUAGAUGGGACGUUGGUGGAUACCAAAACGGGCCUGAAGUUUGCUAGAGGAGCUAGUGAUUGGAGAUGGUGGACUUCAAAGGACUCGAAAAACCUGAAUGUGAUGGACAAAUUGAAAAAAUUAGUAACUGAUAAAUAUAUAAUUGUGAUUUUUUCAAAUCAAGGAGGAGUGGUAGCUACAAAGACAAGUAAAUCGUAUUUAGCAUUUACGGGCCGCGUUAAUAAUGUACUCAAAGAACUAAACACAGAGAAAGAAGUUCCAGGCGUACUUGUAUAUGCGUCACCAAAGAAGCCAUCGUCGAAGAAUCAGAAAAUUGCAGUUAGUUCUGACGAAGAUCAUGCUAUAAUGAGGAAACCAAAUAUAGGUAUGUGGAAUGAGCUUGCGAAGUAUUUUGAAGAUCAGGGUUAUACAAUAGAUACAAAUAAUAGUUUCUUUGUGGGAGAUGCGGCCGGAAGAUCGAAUGACUUUCUGGAUAGUGAUAAAAUGUUUGCUAGAAAUGCAGACCUACAAUUCAAGAUCCCCGAGGAGAUCUUUGGACCAUAA